AUCAGGUAUAUUUUAUAAUAGUAAUUUGGCAUUAUAUUAUUGCAAAAAUGGCUACACCACCCCGUGAAACAAUCCAGAAGCAAAUUCAACAAGACUGGGCUAACAGAGAGUAUAUUGAAGUGAUAACGGGAAGUAUCAAGAAAAUAACAGACUUCCUGAAUUCCUUUGAUAUGUCGUGCCGAUCUCGUCUUGCCACUUUGAAUGAGAAACUCACAUCUCUUGAGAGGAAGAUUGACUAUUUAGAGGCGUGUGUAACAAAAGGGGAGACUUUAACAUAAGUUUUAAAACAUUUAUGUACAAGGUAGACUAUUUAUUUCUUAAUAUACAUAAUAAUUAAGACCUAUUUGUCUUCAUUAAGAUUAUUGAUCAUGUAUCAGAAUUAUUUCUCUAAUACAUAUAUGUAU